GUUGCAACUAAUUAAAGCAAGCAUAGGCUAUGUGAACAGUCGUGAUAAGGAAAACAUUUUUUGCAAGGUAUGCAAAACGCAUUUGCAUGUGCAUAAAACAGUAGCUUAAAUGGCCAAUAUGUAAAAGAUAAAGCGAUAAUUUAAACUGUCCUAUCAGAUGCGGUGCCAAAAAGGAGUACAAUCAAUGAAUACAGUGCGAUGCGCCUUCUCUCCCCCUAUUCUCGCCCGGCCCUCCCUUUCUCUACGGAGGAUACCACUGGUGGAUAAAACGAAGAGCCUUUCAGGUCUCGGCGGACACUGACGUUUUUCUGAGCAGCACAACAAAGGCGCUCUCUCUAACGCGGCUCUUCGCCAGCCCUCUCGGACACGCCGCCCGUCUCACAGCCAGCCGGCGCCGUAGAUUCCCUGUUAUCCAUAUAAAGUAACAGCAUGUAAUAAAUAUCUGGCGUGUGCCGCAUAUCGUUAUUUUUUCCGGGAUCGGUGCACGGCGCAAUUCAAACGGCACACGCCGAAGACGCGGAUCCUUGAAUUACCUGUUGUCUCCGAUCUCGGUGCGGUCCCCCGCAUCCGAGGUGCGAAGCAUCGCUCCGCUCCCCGUCAUGAAGAGACGCUCCGCCGAGGAGAGCGGGCCAGUCAGGGCAGCGGAAUCACGGCGCUUUGAAAUCCGCAUAACAGGCAAACUUUGGAUUUCCCCGGGGCGGCUCCGGUAGGUCGGUUUAUUUUAAAAAAAAAAAAAAAAAAUAGUACUAUAUAAGAUAUUUUAUUAAUCAGAUGUGAAAUAUUACGUCGCUGAAAAAAAUGCUAUAGAGAUGGUUUAAAGACAUAAGACACUUAUAGAUGUCCAAGCUAUGCCGAAGAAUCAGCGGACUGAAGAGACAAAAUAAAAACAUUAUCCUCUAUUCCUUCUCCGUUUAAUAUUUGCAUCAUGAAAUCACAAUUCUAUAGUCGUUUUUUUAUCAUUUUACCUUGGGCUCUGAUUGUUAUUAUUAUGAUCGAUAUGGAUACCAAGAGAACAUCCGCCCGAAGCAGCGGCCACUUUUACCUCUCCCGGUUGGGGAACGCACGCCGGCAAGACCGGACGACUCGGAUUGCGUACAACGGUACGACUCUGCCAGUCAUCUACGCGGUAACACCUACGUACAGCAGACCGCAGCAGAAAGCAGAGCUUACCCGUCUGGCGAACACCUUUCGCCAGGUGCCCAGUUUCCACUGGAUCGUGGUGGAGGACUCUAAUGUGCGCACGGAGCUGGUGUCGCGCUUCCUAGCCCGAUCCGGACUGUCCUACACCCACCUGCACGUCCUCACGCCUCGCAGGUAUAAGCGGACCGGGAUGCCCCGUGCUACCGAGCAGAGAAAUGCCGCCCUCGGGUGGCUGCGCCUGCACCGGUCGCCCCAAGACCCCGGCGUGGUGUUCUUUGCAGACGAUGACAAUACUUACAGCCUGGAGUUAUUCGAAGAGAUGCGACUGACCAGACGGGUGUCCGUGUGGCCAGUUGGGCUGGUGGGUGGCCGGCGGUAUGAGCGCCCCCUGGUGGAUAAGGGCAGGGUAGUGAGCUGGUACACGGGCUGGAGGGCUGAUCGGCCCUUCGCCAUCGACAUGGCAGGCUUUUGCGUGAACCUCCAGGUGGUGCUGGACAACCCUAGGGCGCUCUUCAAACGUAGAGGGUCACAGCCCGGCAUGCAGGAGUCGGACUUCCUCAAGCAGAUCACCAAGGUGGAGGAGCUGGAACCCAAGGCGGAGAACUGUACCCGGGUACUGGUGUGGCACACCCGCACAGAGAAAGUGAACCUGGGCAACGAACCCAAACACAGGCAGGACUCCAUCCAUAUUGAGGUGUAGCGGCGAACGGGGGCCCCGAGAGAAGGACCUCCAGGCCUGGCCUGGUGGGCUGAAGGUCGUGCUCCGGCACCUGCUCCUCCACCCAGUCCCGAUCUCCCAUUGCCGGAGCAGAAGCUGCACACUCUGGAGCAACAGCAGCACUGCAGACCUUCAACCCAUCAGUGACUUGGCCCAUCUCCCAAUCCCAUUUUGCUGAAGGGAGGUGCAGCUGGGGUGCCGAGACCCACUCCACGGAUCCAACAUUGCUCCCCAAUAAGGAUCGCGGGCGAAGACAGGAGCAGAAAUACACAGAAACCAAGAGCCGCCGCCGCCCCCCCCCAAAAAAAACAUUGCAAUAAAGGAGUCUUUAGACACAAUGAACACACUGCAUUUCAUGGCUAUUCACUGUUUAAUGCACGGAAAUAACAUUGUAUCUGACCUAGGCACCAGAGAAUGUAAACACAAUGUUGGGAACAAAUCAAGAGGACAAGGUGUGAGCUCAGCAAGGCCCCCUGGCUGCGUGGAGGGGGUCAGCAUUUGAGCAGCAGACACCAAGACUCUGUUGCAUGUCGAACCUCUACUCUCCCAGUCUCCCCCUCCCGAAAUUAUAACGCUGCCCCCUCCACUCCACCAGAUUUCAGAACCCAACCCCCACACACACACACACACGCACCCUCCCCCCCGGCUCGCUGACCGUUUCACUAGCUGGGCUUUCUCCUGUGACAGGAACAAUAAACUCUGAGAUUAAAAGAUGCA